AUGGAUAACGCCCCUCACUCUGCCAUGAGAACAAAGAAAGCUGCACUAUCUCCUUGCAGCUUUGCCUGCCGCCCUUCGGUGAGUAGGAUGGAUAGCAAAGCCGCCUUCGGCCUUUUGCUUAGCAAGCCCCUCUUCGAGCCUCUGCUGAAUUCCGCUCGCCCCGGUCCUUAG